AUGCGGCGUAGUGGGGCGUGUUUGUGCCUGACGGCGCUGCAGCUCUUCGCCUUGGAACGGCGGAAAUCAACGUCAUCUUACAAGUACUUUGAGGAUGCUGCAAGCAUUCGUGCCGCUUUCGAUCGCCUCACAGAUGCUGCGAGGGACACGCUCGAGCAGAGUGAAAUGGCGCUGCGCCACGAUGUGGCGUUACACAAUAUUUUUAGCAACAGCGUUUCCGAGGCAGCCACCGAUCAAGAAACAAAGGAGACUAAAACUGCGGCGCUUACUCACUUCACUAUUCCUCAGGAUCACGGGAAGGAAGCCGGCACUGAACGUUCCCUAUGA